UUUCAGGUGAAAAUGCACGGACACGACAGACCGGGCUCAUCGUCCGGUGGAUAUUUCAACCCGCCAAGAAACAAUCAAUAUCAUUAUCCAGAGAAUCAUCAUCAUCCCUACCCCGAAAACAUAGCUAACUUGGUACCGCCAUCAAACUUCCAGGCCAUGCAUUAUAAUCACAACUACAUGGCUCAUGCGGCUUCCAUUGCUCACACGUACGGGGGUUAUCCGCCUCCAUAUCCAUAUCAACAUCCUCACCAGCCGCCGCCUGCACAUCCACAUCAUCUUCAGCAUCCACACCCCUAUGCAUAUCCUGGAUACCCUGUUCCUGGUCAGGAAGGCCACCAAGUGCCGGCACCACAACACGGUGAUCAUGAAGCAAGUCCACCGCCUCCUCCACCACCCAGGAAAUCAAGAGCUGGGGGAUCGUCGCCGCCACCCCCACCGCCACCAAGAGUUCCGCGGACACCCCCGCCAAGAAGCCCUCCACCACGGAGACCACCGAUGACUCCACCAUCACCGCAACGCAGACCACCGAGAACUCCUCCGUCUCCGGAGCCACGGAAUCCGCCGAGGACUCCUCCGUCGCCUAUUCCACCACCACCACCACGUCUAAACAGUCACGAUCGGAGAGCAUUGAGAGCACGUCGUCCAAUGGUUCAUCGUCCGGCUCCUUACGGUCGCCGCUCCAUAAGUCAGGGACCUGGAAGAAAUAACGACGACUGGGGAAGUCGCGAGUACGGAAAAUAUGCCGAGCGUCUUGCAAGCACAGAGCUGAAAAAGCUGCAUCUCGAACGAGAAGAUUACAAGCAAGUUUUGCGAGUAGUUGCAAAUGCAGCAAAAACCUUCCGAUUUGAUGAUUUUGAAGUUCGGUCUCAUCUGCUAUCCGGAUACCGUUUCUACAUGAAUGGAGAAGAUGCAAACGGCACAAAGCAGUUCUCCAUCCCACAUAAUAUGGAUCGGCCACCAGCCCCUCGUUACUGGAUCAUUGAUAAUGAAGUUCGAAGCAAUCCACCAUCGCCAGUUUUCCGUCCAGAAGCUUCGUUAAGUCCAUCGGUCAAUGUUGACUACGGAGAGGGGUCAUCGAACCAAGCUGCACAAAUGUUUGAGCCGGGAGAAGACCAAACUGCGUUCUAUCGAAGACUUUUGGCUGGGUUCGCUGCACAAGGACGGACAUUUGGACAGCGAGAAGGAGAGAUUCCAGCCAUAUACGGAGCCGACGGUCUUUUGACAGAAUGGGGAUACGAGCUGCAUCUCUUAAACCAAGCUCGACAAUUAGAAUCGAAGCCUCCAUUGGUUCAUUAUGAGGAGGUUGGAUUUGAUCGUAAAGACGACGACGAAACGUAUGAGCCCUAUCAGGGCGGCCAAGCUCAGCCAGACGGAUCUCCAAGUGAGUACAGCCCAAAUCAUGUUCGCCGUGGACCAAAAACUCCACCAGAGAGAGAAGAAUCUGUGGAGUUUUCUCCGGGCCAUAUUCCAGUCGGCCCAAAAACACCACCAAUGCCCGAUGAGAGUCUCGAAGACGAUAAGAGAUCACCAAUAAUGGAUGGUAAUCAAUUCGAGGAGAUGGAACUGUAUCCAAUGGACCCAGAACAAGAGGUUUCGAUGAAUUUUGUUCCUGUGAAGCCUCAAGCUGUGGUCCCUGAACAAGUUGCAUCUGAGGAAAAUGAAGCUAAUCCAAUGGAAGUAGAUUCGGGAGAUUUGAUGAAACUGGCUGUGGACUCUAUUGAUCAAAAUGCAGCAGUUGUUUCAAAUGGCUCAUCAACGCCAUUUUCAGUUUCUACACAUGCCGACCAAAUCGUUCCGAAAAUAGAAAAUAAACGGCCGGCCGUGCAAGACUUAAUAGGAGAGGUGUUGGAAAAAAAGAAGGCAAAAUCAUCUGCUUAUGAAAAGCCUGAAGAAGGGGAAAUUGUUGACGCUGAAAAUGCUGGCAUAGCUUCUUCAAAGGCUAGCAAGUCAGCCGACGACAAAAUAGAAAUUUUGGCAAGUCAUGGUUCCAAUUCAAUUCUUAAAAGUGCACACGAUCAGGCGUCUAAAGCAUCCAAAUCGUCGAGAAAGAGGUCUAAAAAGAGUAAGAAGUCAAAUGAGACUUCUUCAUCUUCAUCCGAUGAACGAUUGAUACAUUCACAAUCUCCACCAACACCCCAAAACACUACUUCUUCAUCCGAUGUGUCUUCUUCGUCUUCAGGAGGUUCAGCGUCCACAUCUGAAUCCUCAUCUUCUGCACCAUCCGCUGAGCAGGUUUCGACUCCAAAAAAAUCCAAGAAGAAUAAGGAAAAGAGAAGAGAUCAGCAGCACGGUGAACGAUCUUCGAGAGAAACUGAACGAUUAGAAAACAAUGAGAGGCCAAACCGAAUUAGUUCCGCUAAUAGUGGUGUGCAAAGCAACCGAUCCAGUGAAAGGCGUCAAGGAAAUAAUAAUAGCCGUCGAAGAGGAUCUCACGGAGCACCUCGUAGUCGUAACUCGAAUGGUCGUCAACAAGGCCAACGUCCCAUCAAACAAUUUCAAGGUCCAACAAGCCAUUACAGCAAAGAUAGAGAACGUGAAAUUAAUAUGCACUUGGCUCGGAUGGUUCGGGAUCAAAUUGAACGUGAAGGCGGUGAAGCUCUGGAACCCGCUGAAACAGAAUACAGUCAUUUUGCUCAUGACACUUCUGGUCGAGGACGCCAUCAGCAGAAUGAUGGUUAUCGAGGUGAUCGUCGUCAUAGAUCUCCAGGUAAGCACAUUGCGCCGGCAAGAGCACACAAUCGUGGACAGCAUCACAAUCGUGGGCAUCAUCAUGGACCUCCACGUAAUCAUAAUCAAGACCGCAACCGUCAUCGCAAUCAUGACGGCAACCGCCAUCAAAACCAGGAUCGCAGUCGUCACCACAAUCAGGACCGUAACCGACGUCAAAAUCACGACCGCAACCGCCAUCAAAGUCAAGGCCGAAACCGCCAGCAAGAUCAUGAAAGAGGUGAUGAGGCGCAUGAAGAAGCGUAAGUGGAUGAUUUGGUUAGAAGGUUAUCAGAAAAUAAAUUCAAAUGCAACUCAUGACGCUGUUUAACACAUUUGCAGGACAAAUACUUGGAUAUAGCAAUUGUAAUGAAAUCAAUUAAAAUUUCUUAGAUUAAUAACGUAUGUUUUAAAAUUUAGCUUAGUGCAUAGUCACAAAAAGUGUUCUGUUUUGAAGACCAAUUAUGAGAAGUAGAAAAAAACCAACAAUUAAUAGUGAUUAAUAUGGAAAUGUUAUAAAGAAACCCUAUUUUCCAGACGUCCUGAUCGAAUUGGCCAAGCUGUUCGUCGUUAGAGAAAUCUGCUGAUAUGGUGCCAUCACUUAUUUUCGAGUCGCAUAUUCAAGUCCCGAUUUUUGUGUCAAAAACAAAAAUCGUUUUUACUUUCAAUAUGUAGCCUUGCAAUAUCCAACAGUGAUAUAUUGCAAUUAUUGAUUUAAGUUUUAUAAUAUAACCGAAGAAAUCUAAUUAUCUAUUUUUCUUCGCUCCCUUGCCAUUUCUUUUCUGUGAAUGUUAUUUACAUCAUCUCAACAUUUGUGUCCCUUUUGUCCCCUGUGUUCAACCCAAUUCUCCCAUUCCAAAGUAGUUCGGGUUAACGCCCAAGUAUAAAGUUGUCAUCUUGAUCUCUAAACCUAAACUCGAGUAUUCUUUCCCUCCACCCCUUACAUUUGUCCCGAUUUCAGAGUUUUAAAGUUCUUCCCCCCCUCCCCCCCCCCAUUGUGUCUCCAAUUUUUUUUGCUUCAAAUUCUCUCUAGUUUUUUUGCUACUGCUACUUCUCCAUUCCCCAAUUCCCAAAGUCUCAUCUUAACCCAUUUCUCCGUUUUUUUCCUCCUUUUUUCUCGGUAAUUUAGUUUUCCCAUCAAUUCUAUACAUUUUGUCAUCCUUUUGAAUUCCCGAAUUCCCAGUUGAAUCAGUCCCGAAGAACCUCUUCAAGUCAUUUUUUUAUUUUGCUUCGCGAAUCGCGACAAUCCCGUUCAAGUUUUAUAAUUGUUGUCUGCUCCAGUUUUAUCACUACGUUUUUACAUGAAGUAUUAACAGAAAUAUGAAAAUAUUC